CAUCACUUUCUUCAGCGCUAGUGGAGAAAGAUGUCUUCACCAAAAGGGCCCGAAGAAGCGUCUGACUUACCUUGCGAUGGAGCUUUUGAGGAAGUAAACAAGUACAUUAAAGGUGUCUACGACAUUCUGAAACAGGAGGCGAAUAAAGUUCACAAAGAAAGGGAAGCGUUUGAAGAGGUGGCAAAGAAGCUUGAACAUGUCCACUUCUCGAAGAUGCUGAAACUUAAUGUUGGCGGCCACCUUUUCUCGACAAGUUUGUCGACCAUGAAUAAAGAUCCAGGUUCCAUGUUACAUGCCAUGUUUUCUGGAAGGUUUGACACAAAACCUGACGAGGAUGGAACCUACUUCAUUGAUCGAGAUGGAACCCACUUCCGGUACAUCCUGAAUUAUCUGCGCACGGGGGAGCUUGUCGUCCCCGAUGAUAAGACUAUUCGUCAUGAACUGCUGAUUGAGGCCAAAUUUUAUCAAGUGGAAGGAAUAAUAAAAGUGCUGACACCAAAACUCUUCCAGGAUUCAGUGAUUCUGUCGUUCGAUCAACGCCAGACUUUGUCGAACUGGUGUAAAGACGCUACAGAUAUCACCAACGCCAGAGACAAAUUGUUAUACCGAGCCUCUCGUGAUGGCUGGGCUGCCUCCAACUUUCACUCCUUUUGCGACAACAAAGGGCCAACAGUCACGGUGAUAAAGAGCGGAAAUUACACAUUUGGAGGAUAUUCUGAAGAACAGUGGGAUGGCUCUUCAGGGUAUAAAAGAGCGCAAAACUCGUUCCUAUUCAGUCUCGUCAACCCAAGUGGUCUGUCACCAACAAAAAUGUCCUUGAGAGCUGGACAGGAAGGGCAUUCUAUCUGGUGCAACGGUGCUUUUGGCCCAGUAUUUGGAGGUGGCGGUGGCUGUGAUCUCGUCAUUUCUAAUGGAUCAAACUCCAAGAAUAAUGCUGUUAACCUCAACAACGCAUAUCAGUGUCCAUCAGGACAGAAUGAAAACACGUUUCUUACAGGAAAUCAAAACUUUCUUGUGACUGAACUGGAAGUUUUUGGAUUCAACAAUUAAAAGCGUUUGUUAUUAAGUGACUGGAGCAGAUACUAUUGUUAACGGCCUUUACUUUUCCGUGUUAUGUACUUGAAAACCAAUCCAUGUGGGUUAAAAAUAACAUUUCAAUCCUUAGUUAUAACGAAGUAACAGGUUUUCCGCUUUAAUAAGUUACUUAUUUGUACUUUUUUGACAACUGUGAUUAUGAUGAGUUCAGUGUAGGCACCGUCAUUACAUUACGUUUGUUAAAAUGUCUUGCACUGUACCAAAGACAUCGUAAAAGUACUACAAGAAGACUGUUACGAUUUAUAGAUAGACAUCGUAGGGGAAUAACUUUCCCUUUUGUUGUAUUUAUUUGGGAUUUUGGAUAUUCUAAUGAAUCGAAUUCACGGUAACUAAUUUUAUCUCUGGGUAACGCGAGGAUUUUCAUCCUUUUUAUCUUUGUCUUAUCUGAGUUUAGCUCUGGUAGUUAUACUGGUCACGAUGCAAUCUUGUAUGUAAAGCAGUAAAGAGAGCAUUAAGGAAAUACA